AUGUCGGAAGAAACUUCUACUUUUGUAAAACCGCAAACCAGAAUAAAGAAUGUGUUCGACUUGAAUCCCUGGUAUUUCUCCAAGGCUUACAAGGACUAUAUGACGUUUUUGCACAAUUUGAAUAACUCAGUUGUUGGAGUUCGUACUACUGCAGAUGUGAAAUGUAGUCUUGUCGUCAUCAAUUAUGUCGAAAUGCUCGAAGUGAUUGAGAAAUGGAUUGACGAAAUUCCAUUGGAAGAUGAAAGCGAGCAACGUUUUGGAAACAAGGCUUAUCGCAAAUUUUCAGAGAAGCUUAAUGACGAAGCUGAAAACUUGCUGAAAUCUCUUCUUCCGGAUAAUUUGCAUUCGGCUCUCAUCGAGCUUGUUGCUUACUUCGUCGAGUCGUUCGGAAAUGCAACUCGCAUUGAUUAUGGCUCUGGUCAUGAGGCCAAUUUUUUGAUUUUUCUGAUGUGCCUCGUGAAGCUCAAAGUUUUCGAUGAACAAGAUUACCCAGCACUCGUUCUUCGCCUGUUCAACAAGUAUCUGCAAGUGUGCCGCAGAUUGCAGACCAAAUUCAAAAUGGAGCCAGCUGGAAGUCGCGGAGUUCACGCAUUGGACGAUUUUCAAUUUGCUCCGUUCAUUUUCGGAAGUGCUCAAUUAAUUGGCGCCAAAUCCAUUGUGCCUGAUUCAUAUAUUAAUAAGAAUUUUGUUGAAUCGCAUGCACAUCACAGUCUGUUCCUUGAUGCUAUCAAAUUUAUCAACCAGACUAAAUCUGGACCAUUCCAUGAGCAUUCUAAUCAACUUUGGAAUAUUUCUGCUGUUCCACAUUGGAAGAAACUCAAUGAAGGAAUGUUCAAAAUGUACGAGGGAGAGGUAUUAAAGAAAUUCCCAGUAGUCCAACAUAUGAUGUUCGGAAGUCUAUUCUCUUUUGAUCGUAGCGAACAAAUCGAUGAAGCUGAAAUUUGCAAUGCGCCGCCAGCAAAUGAAGUUUGCAAUCCAGGAGCACUAAGACAGCCAGGACAACACGGAAUGUUUGCGUUUACGAUUCCAUCGAUUGCCAAAACUACACAAGUCUGUAAAGGGCAUGUCAUGGAAUCCGGAAGUCUCCGAGAUUUGCAUGCCAACAAACAUCCCGAAGAACAUUGCCCACCCCCAAUGACCGAUCCUUAA